ACAUUUUUCACUGAUGUGUACUCUCUAACAGGUUUGUUUGUAUCUGACGUAGAUCCUGGCUCUGCUGAACGCACUGCACAAAAAAGGAAGUUUCCCAGCCCUCCACAUUCCUCUAAUGGCCACUCACCCCAAGAUGCAUCAACAAGUCCCAUAAAAAAGAAAAAGAAACCUGGCCUAUUGAACAGUAAUAAUAAAGAACAGUCAGAACUAAGACAUGGUCCGUUUUACUAUAUGAAGCAGCCACUCACCACAGACCCUGUUGAUGUUGUACCACAGGAUGGACGGAAUGAUUUCUAUUGCUGGGUUUGUCAUCGGGAAGGCCAAGUCCUCUGCUGUGAACUCUGCCCUCGGGUUUAUCAUGCUAAGUGUCUGAAACUGACAGCGGAACCAGAGGGGGAUUGGUUUUGCCCAGAAUGUGAGAAAAUCACAGUUGCAGAAUGCAUAGAAACACAGAGUAAAGCUAUGACAAUGCUCACCACUGAACAACUAUCAUAUUUGCUGAAGUUUGCACUACAGAAAAUGAAACAGCCAGGGACAGAGCCAUUUCAAAAGCCAGUUUCAUUGGAUCAACACCCAGAUUAUGCAGAAUAUAUCUUUCAUCCAAUGGACCUUUGUACAUUAGAGAAGAAUGUUAAAAAGAAAAUGUACGGUUGCACUGAAGCAUUUUUGGCUGAUGCCAAAUGGAUUUUGCACAACUGCAUUAUUUACAAUGGGGGAAAUCACAAAUUGACACAAACAGCAAAAGUCAUCAUCAAAAUCUGUGAGCAUGAGAUGAAUGAAAUUGAAGUAUGUCCGGAAUGUUACUUAGCUGCUUGCCAAAAACGAGAGAAUUGGUUUUGUGAGCCUUGUGUAAGUUAAGGAUGAUGGUAGUCUAGCAAGUGCAUUAAAGUAAAGGCUCUCAUUUGUCUCUUCUUAUCCUCCCGUUGUUUUCAACCUGUGGUAGUUACUGAGAAGCUAGUGAAUUAAGGAGAACUGCUGUAGUUUAACAGAGUGACUUGUAGCUAUGUGUCAUGCUCAUCGUGCUCUUUGUGGAAUCAGAAGACCAUCUCAAGGUGUUAGCUGUCAGACUGCAUGCUUUUGGUGAGAAGUGACUGUAUAUUGUGUCAGCAACCAGUUUGCAGUCUCUGCCCUCAAAUAAAAGGUGCCCACUGAUGGGUCGUUUGUGGUACUUGCACUAAGAGUAAAAUUUCUGAAAGGUGAAUGUUUGAAAACUUAGUUCUGAGAGUAUUAAGACUUGGCUUUCCUUUAUUGCAUGUUAAUAGGUUGUCUGACUUCUGCUUUUGUUUAAUAUUGCACCAAACCCUGAAAGACUUACUAAAGUUCUUAAGUAGAACUGUAUAAUCCCUCAAGUUCUCUCUUCAGCUCAAGUGAAAAUUAGAGAAUUUCAGAGGUCAACUGUAGUUUAGGAUGUGCUGCAUAUUUGGAGAGAACAA